GGGAUUCAGUUAUAGAAAAAGAACCAAGUAGUAAGACAUAUUAUACUCCUAGAUAUAUAUAUAAAUAAAAAAAAAAAACUCCUAGAUAGCAGAGAGGGAAGUGAAGGAACAAUAAGCUAGCCCAGAAAAGAACUAGAGAGAAAGUUGAUGGAAAUGGAGACAAGAAGGCAGCAGUUGGAGAAAGGGGAUAAUGUUGCCAGUGAGGAAAUUACUACUGUUGACUGGAGAGGCAGACCCUCCAACCCAAGCAAGCAUGGUGGAAUGGGAGCUGCUGCUUUUGUGUUAGGGCUUCAAGCAUUUGAAAUAAUGGCAAUAGCAGCAGUUGGGAACAACCUCAUAACGUAUGUGAUCAAUGAGAUGCACUUUUCUCUAUCAAAGUCUGCCAACAUAGUGACAAACUUCAUUGGAACUGUCUUCAUCCUCGCACUCCUUGGAGGCUACCUCUCCGACUCUUAUCUUGGUUGCUUUUGGACCAUGCUCAUCUUUGGCUUUGUUGAACUUUCGGGUUUCAUACUAUUGUCAGUUCAAGCUCAUUUACCCCAGCUAAAACCACCCCACUGCAACAUGUUAACUGAUGGGGACAAUUGUGUGGAGGCAAAGGGAUUCAAAUCCAUAAUAUUUUUCAUGGCACUGUACCUGGUGGCAUUAGGGAGUGGAUGUGUGAAGCCAAACAUGAUAGCUCACGGUGCUGACCAAUUUAACAAGGAAGUCCCCAAGGAGUCCAAGAAACUCUCGAGAUACUUCAAUGCUGCCUAUUUUGCCUUCUCCGUGGGUGAACUUGUUGCUCUAACCAUUUUAGUUUGGGUCCAAACACAUUCUGGAAUGGACAUUGGAUUUGGAGUCUCAGCUGCAGCCAUGGCAAUGGGUUUGAUCAGCUUAGUGGGUGGUACACUUCUUUAUAGGAAUAAGCCUCCUCAGCGAAGCAUCCUCACCCCAAUUGCACAAGUCCUAGUGGCUGCAACUUUAAAGAGAAAGCAAGUUUGUCCUUCAGAUCCCCGACUGCUUCAUGGGAGCCACUACCCUAAGCUUCCUAGCAGCAACAAUAUCACCAUCUCUGAAAAUACGGGCGAUCUUCAUCAUACUGAAAGAUUCAGGUUCUUGGACAAGGCAUGCAUCAGAAUUCAAGAUGGAAAUAAUACAAAGGAAAGUGCAUGGAGAUUAUGCACAGUAAACCAAGUCGAGCAAGUGAAGAUACUAAUUUCAGUCAUUCCCAUCUUUGCAUGUACUAUUGUCUUCAACACCAUCCUUGCACAGCUCCAGACAUUUUCAGUUCAGCAGGGAAGUGCUAUGAAUACUCGGAUAACCAAAAGCUUCCACAUCCCUCCGGCUUCUCUUCAAGCAAUCCCUUAUAUUAUGCUAAUCUUCAUAGUCCCUCUCUACGAUUCGCUUUUCGUCCCUUUUUCCAGAAGAAUCACAGGUCAUGAUUCCGGGAUAUCGCCUUUACAGCGAAUAGGAUUCGGCCUUUUUCUUUCGACAUUUUCCAUGGUGGCAGCCGCACUAAUGGAGAACAAGAGAAGGGAUGCUGCGGUAAACUCAAACAAGAUAAUAUCCAUUUUUUGGAUCACCCCACAAUUCUUGAUCUUUGGAUUAUCAGAAAUGUUUACUGCAGUUGGCCUAAUUGAGUUCUUCUACAAGCAGUCUUUAAAGGGGAUGCAAUCAUUUUUAACAGCCAUUACUUAUUGCUCAUACUCAAUUGGAUUUUACCUAAGCUCAGUUCUUGUUUCUCUGGUAAAUAAGAUCACUUCACAUUCCUCCGGUGGUGGUUGGCUCAGUGACAACAAUCUCAACAAAGACAGAUUAGACCUUUUCUAUUGGAUGCUAGCUGCUCUAAGCUUCAUCAACUUCCUCAAUUAUCUGUUUUGGGCCAGAUGGAAUUCAAAGGACUCGGCAAGCAGUCUACAGUAUGAUUCUAACAACCAAGAUUUACGCCAUCAUCCUAUCUUCAGCUCCAGCAAAAUUGCUGGAGAUGAUAGUAUACCUUGAAUGUUAUUGAAUUGUCCCCAGUUGGAUGCUUAAUUUCCUGAUCGCAUCCCUUGAAUAUUGCACUAGACGUAUUUAGAGGAAAGAAAUCAAGAAUGCUUUGGGAGUGGCCCCAAACGCUUGCAUAUUAGGCUAAUCUCAUCUGUAAACAGAAGCAUAAAAUCCCAUUACAAAUGGGUUAUCUAAUUUGGAAUAUGGUGGAUAUUUCCUCCAAAUGCUUUAUGUA